AUGUUUCUGUUGGACAAAAGCUAUGAACCGCUCGUAGAUGAUGACUCAGACGUGCAAGACACUGACGACAAGGAUGGGUCUGUGUUCUCUGACGACUUCACACAGCCUGACACUACAACAAUGUUGACAGGGUCCGUGUCGUCCAACACGAUACCCAACGAGUCGUCAUCACCUCCUUCCGUGACCUCCACCACGUCCGACAUUUACGACUCCGAAGAGGAAACGGAACCGUUGAACUUCACCGACAGGAAAAGCGACACUGGGGAAUCUCCGAGUGACGAAUCGUCCUUUGAAACAGGUGAUCUGACAGUGACACCUACACAUUCGGGAUUUGAAUACACCAGUGUAGGAACCAACACGGAUGUGGACAUAGAGAAGAUACCGGGGUUUGUUGUGGGGGAGACUCUGGAGGAAACGGAACAUGAGGCGAACAAGCUGUGGGAGAGAGAACACGCUGAUGAACUGGGGAAAGUGGAGGCGGUGUUGAGAGAUUCAGAUUACUCUAAAAUAGAGAGACACGUGGGUGAAGAAAGUGUAAGAAAAUCUAAAGUGUUACCCAACGGAAGAUUUAAGUGGGUGAAUGUUGAAGAAAUGUCUACCACAAGGUCAAACACACGUUCAGUAAAUCUAGCUAGAUUAUCAUCUACUUCUUCAAAAUCCAAUAAUGUGGAUGUACAACAAAUACUGAACGAGAAUAUCGCCCGAGAUGAUGUGGUUCCAGCUCAUGCUCCUACGAACACAACGGAAGUCGACGAAGACACAGAGAUAGAAAGUAUCUGGGAGUCUGAGACCGACGAUCUCUUAGAGUCGGAAACUAUAAGCAGCGAGAAGUUCCAGACGGAAGAAGUGUCCGACUCUGACCCAGGUCAUCACUUCACCUCCGCUCCGUCCCCUACAUACACCUUCACCACAGGGUCGUUCACAGGGCCCGAGGACAUCGACAAGACGAGCUCAGCGUUGGACAGCUCAAACACAACACCCUCUCCCGUCCACUCCUCCGACGAACUCGCCAACAGAUCGCCCUCUCCCAUGGACAUGACGACCACCUACAGUGACGACACGCCGGACUUGGAAGAAGAAGACUCAACUUUUCAUAGUGAGAUGGAACGUAAAAAUUCUACCUCGAUGGAUUCCUCCGAAGGACUGAGCGAAUUCAAACCUGAUAUUUUGAGCGAAUCAGACGUUAACGAUAGCAGUUCGAUGAUGGAUGAUCUUGAUAAUCCUGAUCGUUCGGAUUUCCCCGAAGGAUCCACUACUACCAGGGACAGUCAUGGUGCUUCUGACUCAAAAGAUGUUUGUAGUGAGUCUCCGGACUCGAGGGAUUCAGAAUAUUCCGACAAGAGUGACUCCAGUUCGAGUACGAGCUCCUCAGACAAACCACUCGACGACACCGUGCACAUCUACAACAUGGGUGGCGUUGGGAUCUAUGAGGUUCCCGCCCACUUGAUACGAGAGGACGGAAGUCUCCCAAGGCCCGGCGAAACUAUCAUGAAGGGAGUAGUGUUUUUCGUUAUCGGCAUAGUUGGAGGCUUAGUUUACAAAUUUGUUAUUGAAAAGUACGCGUUGUUUGCCGAUAGAGACCCUACACUUUUCAACUUUUACUUCUUCCAAGAAUUGCAUACUCAACUCAUGUAUUGA